ACCGUCUUUUCUAUCCACAAUUGUACUACAUCUCGAAAUGGCGGACCAAAACUGGAAAACGCAGCCACCUUACCAAGAGCCUGACCAGAAUUUUAACAAGGCACUGGAAGGAGCCUGUCACUGCGGCAGAGUAAAAUACUGGCUCAGCCAAGAUAAACCUCUAGCCUCCAAAUACUGUCACUGCGGCGAUUGUAAAGUCAUCCACGGUGCCCCUUUCCAAUGGGCAGCAAUAUUUCAAAAGUCGGAUAUGGCAUUCCAGAAAGGUGUCGAGAGCCUGCGCUUUUACAACUCAGGAUCACAGUCACCAGAACAUGAAUUACCCUGCAAAGUGAGCUGCUCUCAUUGCGGCACCCUCAUUAUGGAUGAAGGACGAAACAUGGUCCUGUUGUUUCCAACGCUCCUGUCAUUUCAAAACGAAGACCAGAAGAAGAAUUUCGCUGUCCAGUAUGUAAUUCCCCGGAAUUUCGGUUUGGACAAGAUAUCUAACAUUGCAUGCAUGUGCCACCUUUUCUAUCCGCAGCGGGUUGUGGAUAUACCUGACGGAAAACCGAAAUGGGCUGGGCUAGAUAAUAAGAGCGACCUGGUGGAUGAAGUCUGA